CCGUCGGCGUUUGACUGUAACUUCUGGCUGAUCGAGAGGGCAGGGAGCGUCUGGGAAGCCUGUUCCGGUGACUCCAUCACUGAUGCGGGAUCCGCUAAACGCGGCUCUCUGGACGCGCAGUGCGAGGGAUCGGGCUGAGUGCGUGAUACCUGGAAUACCGUUCUCUUCCCGGCUGGAUUUCGGCUCCGUGCUCCUUUUUUUCCUCCCGCUGGAUGAUGUUUGAGCGGCUCCUGCCGGACUGAAGGAAGCCGUGUUCCAGGAUUUCCCCUGGGUGACUCUGCAUUCUUCACCUCUCCAGCUCGCGCUGCCACUUUAACUCCGUUAUCCCUCCGAGAAAACCAGCCCAUGCGCUCUAAGCCGAAUUACAUUUAGUAAAAAAAUACAGAAUUAAAAAAAAAUGCCGCUUUUUUCCUUAAUUGCGCUGUAGUCAUUGAUCCCGACGAGGUUCCGUGUGUUAAUUAUUGCGUAAAUACAGAAAGUUGGGGUGCGUAAAGUUUUUUGGAGACGCUCGAUCAUGGCGAUGGUGGCGUGGAGAAACACGGAGGGCGUCGGGGACUCCCAGGGGACCCUGUCCUCGCCGGUCAGCCAAGUGGCUCCUCUCCCCUUGGCGCUGGAGAUCCCCCCGCCGGCGGCACCCCAGGGCGCUCCGCAGGGCGCACCGCAGGGCGCACCGGCCGGCGGCUCCGCCGCGUCCUCGGCCGCCAUCGGCGGCUCCAACAACAACAACACGACCUCCUCCUCGUCCUCGUCCUCCUCCUCCUCCUCCUCGUCCAUGGACAAGCAGCAGGGCCAGCAGAUCGAGUGCAUCGUGUGCGGGGAUAAGUCCAGCGGGAAGCACUACGGACAGUUCACGUGUGAGGGAUGUAAGAGCUUCUUCAAGCGCAGCGUCCGCAGGAACCUGUCGUACACCUGCAGGGCCAGCAGGAACUGCCCCGUGGACCAGCACCACCGCAACCAGUGCCAGUACUGCCGCCUCAAGAAAUGCCUCAAAGUCGGCAUGAGGAGGGAAGCCGUGCAGAGAGGCCGGAUACCGACCCAGUCCUACCACCACGGCCAGUUCUCCCUGAGCACCGGGGACCCGCUGCAGUGCCACUCCUACCUGUCCGGCUACAUCUCCCUGCUGCUGCGGGCCGAGCCCUACCCGACCUCCCGCUUCGGCUCGCACCAGUGCCUGCAGGGCGGCAACAGCAACCUCAUGGGCAUCGAGAACAUCUGCGAGCUGGCGGCCCGGAUGCUGUUCAGCGCCGUGGAGUGGGCGCGCAACAUCCCGUUCUUCCCGGACCUGCAGAUCCCGGACCAGGUGGCGCUGCUGCGGCUCACCUGGUCCGAGCUGUUCGUGCUGAACGCGGCGCAGUGCGCCAUGCCGGUGCACGUCGCCCCGCUGCUGGCCGCCGCCGGCCUGCACGCCUCGCCCAUGUCCGCGGACCGCGUGGUCGCCUUCAUGGACCACAUCCGCGUCUUCCAGGAGCAGGUGGAGAAGCUGAAGGUGCUGCAUGUGGAUUCUGCAGAGUACAGCUGCAUCAAGGCCAUCGUGCUGUUCACCACAGAUGCGUGCGGCCUGUCGGACGUGGCCCACGUGGAGGGGCUCCAGGAGAAGUCCCAGUGUGCGCUGGAGGAGUACGUGAGGAGCCAGUACCCCAACCAGCCCAACCGCUUCGGGAAGCUGCUGCUGCGGCUGCCGUCGCUGCGCACCGUCUCGUCCUCCGUCAUCGAGCAGCUGUUCUUCGUGCGGCUGGUGGGGAAGACGCCCAUCGAGACUCUGAUCCGGGACAUGCUGCUGUCCGGCAGCAGCUUCAGCUGGCCUUACAUGCCCAACCUCCAGUAGCGCUGCUACCGACGUCAGCUCACACAACUCCAAAACACACAAGAAUAAAAAGAAUAAAGCCAGUGGAAUGAGAUUAUUAAAAUGGGCCUUAUUCCAGAGAAGGUCGGGAACAAAGGAACGUCACUGAUGCGUCACUGGUUCAUCCGUACACGACAAACGCCACCCAUGACGUUAAAUGACUGCUAAUAAUUUACUCUUUUUCUUCUCCUAUUCUCUCUCUUUUUCGUUCUUUUUGGCAUCGUGGUGACCCUUCACGGUCUGCGCUUUUUUGGGAUAACAAACUAUAUUUAUUGGACCUGUGUGUGUAUAUUUAUCGUGCUUGUAAAAAUCAGUUUUGAACCUUUUGUUUUUGAAUGUUUUCUGAACCUUUUGCUCUUGUUAACGACGAAGCUGCAGGGACUGUCUCGUGUUGUCUGUUUUAUUCUGGUUUUUCUGUUUCUCUUGUUAAUGUUUUCAUUCCUUCCAAACAUGGCACUUUGGACUGAAGUCAAAUCUCAAUAUAUUUAACUCGAGUGUUUUAAACCUGAAUCCGUCGAAACUUCAACCUCAGUUUUAUACAAAGAGCUGAUAUUUAGGCUCUAAUAUUAGUUCAUUCCUGUUUGUUUUUCUUACCCAUAUGCAAAGAUUUGAGGAUGGGGAAUUUGGAAACUGCUUCUGGUGGUAAAGCAUUACUUAUUCAUUAUUUCUUUAUUUUUAAAACAGAAAUUUUCCCUUAAACAAUUAAAUACAUCACGGUCAGCACAGUAAUUUCUCUUCUCCAGACUGUUUUUAAUUAAUUAUGUCUUUGCUUUUAAAAGCAGCAUCAAAAAUCAGUAAUUUUCUUUGGGAAUAAUCGUAUUUUAUUAUAUUUUUGGUUUCUUUAUCAUUCUGUCUUUGCUUUUAAAAGCAGCAUCAAAAAUCAGUUAUUUUCUUUGGGAAUAAUCGUAUUUUAUUUUAUUUUUUGUUUCUUUAUCGUGUAAAUUGAGAGAUAAUCACGAGGCUGCUCAUGGCAGAGCUGAGUGAGGCUGAAUGUGGGAAAACUGUCUUGUUUUCAUACGUAUAGAGUUGUUCACAUCCAAAAUCCUGCUCCUAAAGGUGUUGAAUUACAAAGAAUUACAAAGUAAACCUCCUCCUCCUCCUCCUCUGACUUCAGUCCCAUGCAGUGAUGCUGUUUUAUGGUGUUUUUAUAGUAAUGUCACAUUUUUUUAAAUUUGAUCUGAGAGCAUUUAUUUAAUUGUUUGCUUCUGGAGUGUAAAAGGAACUUCAGGUAAAAUAGCAGAAAUGCCUCAGAAGAAACUCCUGACCCCGUCCUGUAACGACAGACUGGAUCCUUGGACCCAUCGUGUGUUUCCAGGCUCUUUACAGACGAUGAACAUGUAAAACCGUCUAAAAGCAACGAGAUGGACAAACUUCAGGCCCAAGAGACCAAUGUACUUCAGUAAAACUCCAGCGUUUACGGCUGAACGACCACUGCAGGGUAUUGAGAUUGUACGACUGUCUGUGCAUGCAAGUGUGUGUGAGUGUGUGUGUGUGUGUGUGUGUGUGUGUGUGAGAGAGUGUGUGUGUGUGUGUGUGUGUGUGUGUGAGAGAGUGUGUGUGGGAGUGUGUGAGUGAUUAUUUUUGUUUACUUCUUCCUGACAACCACUCUGAUGUACUGUGAAAGCAUAUUAAUUAACAUAUUGGUACCGUAUUAAAUUAUA